AGGCAGAGUCUGUGGCUGAGUCCGCACAGUCAAAGGCUUGUGAGAAUCUGGUGGAUGCUGGACCUUGCUGCUGCUGCCACCGUGCCGCUGCCGCUAUUGCUGUCGCUACUGCUGUGGCUGUUGCUUCCCAGGGGCUGCAGGAGCAUGGACUACUAAACCCCACACUUCUUCAGCGUGAGUUGAGUUCUUGCUACCAGAAUGGGGAAACAGAACAGCAAACUGCGCCCUGAAGUCAUGCAGGACUUACUGGAAAGCACAGACUUCACAGAGCAUGAGAUCCAGGAGUGGUACAAAGGCUUCUUGAGAGACUGCCCCAGCGGACAUUUAUCAAUGGAAGAGUUUAAGAAAAUAUACGGGAACUUUUUCCCUUAUGGGGAUGCUUCCAAAUUCGCAGAGCACGUCUUCCGCACCUUCGAUGCAAAUGGAGAUGGGACGAUAGACUUUAGAGAGUUCAUCAUAGCCCUGAGUGUGACAUCAAGGGGCAAGCUGGAGCAGAAGCUGAAGUGGGCCUUCAGCAUGUAUGACCUGGAUGGCAACGGCUACAUCAGCAAGGCAGAAAUGCUGGAGAUUGUGCAGGCAAUCUACAAAAUGGUUUCCUCUGUCAUGAAAAUGCCUGAAGAUGAAUCAACCCCAGAGAAAAGGACAGAAAAGAUCUUCCGCCAGAUGGACACCAACAGAGAUGGAAAACUCUCCCUGGAAGAAUUCAUCCGAGGGGCCAAAAGCGACCCAUCCAUUGUGCGUCUCCUGCAGUGCGACCCCAGCAGUGCCGGCCAGUUCUGAGCCCUGCACCCUCAAGGACGAUACAGCUGCUCGUGUCUCUCCUCAUUAGCUUUUAAACUUACUUCGUUUUUGUUUUUUUGUUUUUUUUCUUUUUUUUGUUUUUGCCAAACAAUACUGAUGGUGAGACUGUCCCCUCUUCAGUCAGAUGUGCCCUCCUGUGACACUUGUGCCCCUUGCUUCUUUCAUGGCGGACGUGGAUGCCCAGAGCCCGUGUGCUUGUGGAAAGCAUGCACACACUUCGUUGUGUUCCCUGCUGGAUGACUGUUUAAUAAUUUCUUUCCUUUCAUUCUAAUGUCUCUACCUUAAAACCCAAGACUUGAGGGGCAAGAGAAGGGAAGUACAUUCAGCCCAGAGCUCCUUCUGCAAGCUUUGAGGGGCUUUGUGGAAAUACAAAACUCCUAACCUGGGUCUGUUGUCAAGCAUGCCUUCGGAACUAGAGCGGACACCUGAGGCUAAGUUUCCUAAGAACAGGUUACCCUCUGGGGUAAGGUUAUUAAAGGGAGCAGGGACAUUCCCCCCAGAGGCCCACUCCCACCCCAGCGGGCUGUAAUUUCUAAGCUGUGAACUUUUCGAGGUAAAUUAACAGAGAUGGGAAAGACGCUCAGCUGUUUAGUUUUUUUUUUCUCCCACAGGUUUACAUAAGUUGAGCUAAUAUGAGUUUCUUUUAAAAAUCAAACACAUAUCCCAUAACCAGACCCAUCUUGCUGCCUACUUGUGAGACUGCUGUAUAUAAAACAUUGGGUAUUGCAGACCAAAUUAAGUGUUUUGCCUUGUAAAUGCAUGUCUAGUGAGCGCUAAUACAAGCUUACUACAGAGACUGUUCCAGUAGCUUACCAUGAAGCCAACUACGAUGAAUGUCAAUGUCUUGUUUUAAAGUCAUAGCUGUCUUUGCACAAAUGUACCAGUUAACAAGUAUAUUUUAUAUACUCCAUAAAGUCACGAAAGAAUGGUGACAAGGGCCCAGCUUUGAUUUCGAAUGGCUUUCUGGUGUCAGGGUGGCUGGAGGACCGGAGGAAGCCAGCUUUCUAGGCGUCUUGUCCAUCAGAGCAGCACUGGGAGCUCCAGUGACAAGCGGCCAAGGCCCGGCAGCAGGGAGCACAGGUGUGACACUAGUCUAAGAGACGAAGGUUCUACAGAUGUAGAAAAACCGAGACUUCCUAGCAGUUUAACCCACAUCCUUGGUGCAGGAGCCACGUCUAGAACGUUCAUUUCUCCUGCCCUCAGGUACCCUUCAAACAGUCAGGUGUGGGAUAUCCAGGGAAUUCACCCAAUAUAAGAGCCACGAAGGGACCUGCAGUGUCCAAGGCAGGCCCUGGAGAUCCAACAGCUCUCUUCCUCACCGUGUUCUUCAAAUGCAGCCAAGCUGAGCUGCUGCCUGGGCUGGUCAUCUCAUGCACACUACUUUGAAAUGAGGGCUGGAAAUAAAAUCUGGCCACAGGCAAGCCAAGCCUCACACACAGCUUGCAUUGAAAGGUCUAAAUACUCAAGAGUGUUGGUGGCAGACCCUGCCUAAAAGGAGGCAGGAAGGUCUCUGUCCGGCAGCAGUCAAGCCAUGUCUGUAGAACAAGACCUGCAAAAUGUAAACCAGCCCCCUGCAGGUCCCUGACAGAAGUUUAAACUUGAAUGGUGGAUUAAAAUGAAUCGCUUAGUGGGUUGAAAUUUUGAGACCUAGAUUUUGUAAUCUUAAUUUCUCCUAGUGUCAUUUCCUUACAUUUUGUACUAAGGCUUGCCAACUCCUGUGGACCAAAUGGUAAAGUCUGUUUUUGCAAAGAAGAAUUAACUCAAGUGGUUGAACAUAAACAGGGGAAGGGAGCCAGCACGCUGGUGUUUGCAAGGCAGGCUCAUCGACUUUGGCUCUGCCUCAGGUUGAGCCAGACCCUGUUUCCUAGAGCUCAGAGUUGGAGUGGGAACUAGAGGUGAUCUCCAGCUAUUCGGACAUGAAAGGGCCGGAUGCAGAGGUUACGAACCCUGUGGUCACCAGAAGGCAUGAAGAGUCCCUGAAGUGGUUACCCACAGACCUGACAGACCUAUCUGUAUGUUUCCUUCCUCCUCCCCACCUCGCCCCAGGAAGGCAUUGGAUGUGUGUAAUUUUAUGCAUGUAUGUUUGACCAAGGGACUUCACAGCAUCAAGAGGGCCAAGUGCCUGAAGACAUCUGUCACUCCUGUGCCUAGGCAUUGUUUUCCUGGUGUUCAGAGAUCUCUGGCAGAAGUGGAGCCUGUUUUGUUCCAAGUAAAGGCAGCUUGUGCUGUCAAGGGACUGGACUAAAUGACUAAAUGGCUUAUGACUUGAAGGAUGUUUCAGAAUGCCUGACUGUUCAUACCUCGCUUAAGAUGGAGAAGGGAUGCUGUGGGUACUAUCCCGCCCCAGCAAUACUCCCCGGGGGACUUUCUACAGAUGAAUUUAAUAAUAUAGAUGUCAUGCUAUGUGGAGUGGCCCCGUUAUCAGUUGAUUGUGUAGCUCUUGCCUGGCAUUAAAGCAUGUUUAUUAUUUAAUAU